AUGAGAAGAAAUACAACAGGAUUUGAAUUUAGUGAACGUCCAAAAACGAUUGCAUUACCAAAAAUAAAACACGAAUCAAAUAAACAAACUGUAAAUGAUAAUAAAUCUCCAUUAUUUAAAUCAUUAAAUCAGGAAGAUCUUAUUUCACCAGAUUCAAAUGAUACUAUCAAAAGUUGGCUUUUACUUCAACCUGAACCAAAUAAACGUGUACAAUUUGCAAAUAAUGUUAAUAAUAAUGAUGAAACAACUUCAAGGUUAAUUAUUAACAAAACAGGUUCAUUAUCGGAUAUUGAUCAACAUGUUCAUCAAUCAAAUUUAACUCCUAUUCAUGAAAUUCAAUCAGAAAACAAUAAUGACGAUAAUUCAUUAAAUAACGAUGAUCCUUAUUUAACAUCAAUAUUAAAACCAAAAUUUAAUCGUUCACUUAGUAACAAAUCUUUAUCAGUUUCAACUGCUACAUCACCAACAAUAGCAGGUUCACGUAUUUCAUCAUUUUUGUCAACUACAUCAUCUAGUGAUCAUGGUACUACAUCAAUGGAUAAUACUUCAAGUAUAAUAAGUUCAUCAACAAUUAAAUUUCGUGUAUCAAAUUUAUCAUUACUUGAAUUUAAUACAUCGUUAUCUGAAUAUGAUAAAAAAAAAUUCAACUUUAUUCGUGAACAAGUUCCUGUAGAAUUCGAACAAUUACUACCAGCAUUAUUUAACCUAGGUGUUGUUCUAUGGCCAAAUAAACUUUUCAAUAAAAAAGAACAAUUAACAGUAAAAGAAAUGAGACAACGACAAAAUUUAAUAUCAAUUAUUGAAAAAGAUCAACAAAAUUCUAAACGACAACGUUAUCUUCACAGUUUAUAUGGAGAUAUUUUACCGUUAGAUGAUAUUUUACAUAAACAUCAUUUAUUAAGAGAAAAUCUUUCGUUUCAAGGUCAAUUAUCUUUACUUGAAACUUAUCGAGAUGAAAUAGAAUAUUUAUUAACAAAAAAAAUUCAAUAUUGGAAAUCAAUACCAAUGAAAUCUAAUCGAACAAGUUUUACUGAUGACGCAAGUUCAAUAAAUCAGUUCUUAUCUAUUCCUACGACAGCACGAACUAAAAACAAAUCUUUUGAACUUAAUUCAUCACGUAAAACUAAACCAUACUCAAAUAUGUAUUCAUCAACAAAUAAUGAAGUAUUUUCAUUAAUAUUACCAGAUAAAAUUGAUGAUCAAUGGCCAAGAAAAAUUCUUGUUAAAAUUCUUGAACAAGGUAUGGAUAUUUUAGAUCAAGUAAGAAAAUUACCUCAAUCUUCUUUAUCAAAUCAAUAUGAUUAUCGUGAUUUUAAAGAAGAAGAAGUUGUGCAAACAUUUAAACGAUGGUUAUUUUUAUGGUCAACUCUUUAUACAGAAGAAAAAUAA